AUGAGCACUGGAUGGGAUGCUCAGUUCGGCUCCAAGACCUUCACCGGAGCCGUGGCUGACAAGUACUUGAAGAAGCAAGGAGAGUCUGCCGCUCUUCUGGCUGAUCCCAAAUGGGUUGAGACCAAGGCUGACAAAGUUGCUGCUGCCGUCAUGGAGUGGGGCCGUGACAACGAAGCCAACGUUUACACGCACUGGUUCCAGCCCCUUGGAGCCAACGGUGUUAGGCAUGGCAUGACCGGCCAGGUUCACAACUACUUCUUCACCUUUGGCAAGGACGGCAAGCCCAACUACAAGUUCGAUGGAGAGACCAUGAUAAAGGGUGAGACUGAUGGCUCCUCCUACCCCAACGGAGGACUUCGUGCUACGCACACGGCUGGAGGAUACACGAUCAUUGAUCCUUCCUCUCCCAUCUUCAUCAGGGGAGAUACUGUCCACAUUCCAUGCAUCUUCAUCUCGUGGACUGGACAUGCUCUCGAUGAGAAGACCCCUCUUCUCAGGGCUGAGCAGGCCUUGAACAAGGAAGGAGUUCGCUUCCUCAAGAACCUCGGAUACGACGUGUCGGGUGUCCAGAGCAACAUCGGUCUUGAGCAGGAGUUCUUCUUGGUCCCUCGCGAUGCGUAUGCUCGUCGCUUGGAUCUGCAGAUGACUGGCAGAACUGUUAUCGGAAGAAUGGCUCCCAGGGGUCAGGAGAUGUGCGAUCACUACUUUGCUCCUUUGAACCAGCAUGCGCUUGAGUGCAUCAAGGCCAUGCAGGAAGAGGCCUUCCUCCUCGGCAUCCCAUUGAAGACCCGCCAUCGUGAGGUCGCACCAAAUCAGUACGAGAUGGCUCCAUACUUCGGACACUGCACUUCACAGAUUGAUCAGAACUUGAUGGCUAUGCAAAUCUGUGAUGAAGUUGCUGCUCGUUUCGGCUUGGCGUGCCUCUUCCAGGAGAAGCCAUUUGCUGGAAUCAAUGGCUCUGGCAAGCAUAACAACUGGUCCUUGGGAACCAAGGAAGGAAUCAACUUGCUCAACGCGGCUCAGAUCACCAAGGCUAGCGGAAAGAAAGAGAUUUUCCCCGUGCUCAUGGCCGCGCUCGUCUCUGCGGUUGACAAGCACGGUGACUUGAUGCGAAGUGCGAUCGCCUCUCCAGGCAACGACUUCCGUCUUGGUGCUUGCGAGGCGCCACCUGCCAUCAUCUCCACCUACCUUGGAGACUCGCUCACCAAGUUCUUGGACGACUUCCGCAAGGGAACUGCGGACAACUACGCCCCGCCAAAGAAGAUGCUCAAGUCUGGUGUCGACAUUGUUCCUGACUUCGAGGUCCCUGCUGAGGAUCGCAACAGAACCUCGCCAUUCCCCUACGGUGGUCAUCGAUUUGAGUUCCGUGCUGUUGGAUCUGCUCAGAACGUCUCGUUGGUCAACACUGUUCUCUGCGCCAUCACUGCGGAUGCUCUCAGAGAGUUCUCCGACAAGAUUGAGGCCGGUCAGAAGCCUGUCGAUGUUGCUAAGCAGGCUCUCGACCAGCACUGGCGUGUUAUCUUCAAUGGGAAUGGUUAUGAUCCCACAUGGAAGGACGAGGCAAACAAGCGUGGAAUCUGGAGAAUUGACAACGGCGUUGAGGCCAUGGGCAAGCUUACUGACGAGAAGAACGUCAAGUUGUUCGGCGGACUUGGCAUCAUGAGCAAGGAAGAGCUAGCUGCCCGCAGAGAUGUGAACUACGUGCACUAUACCGGGAUGGUGGAGAUGGAGGCCCUCUCCCUCCUUGACAUGUUGAGGCAGCAGAUCAUCCCUGCCAUGAAGGAGGCAGCGUUGGACUGCAAGAGCCUUGAGGCUGCUCACCAGGCUGUUCGCAAGGGACUCGACGCGGUCCACCAUGAGGAGGAUAUCGCUAAGAAGGCUCAGCUCGCUCGCACCCUCCGUCUCGAGAUCAUGGACGAGGCUCGCAAGGCCUGCGAUGCUGCCGAGGAGAUCUGCCCUGCUCACUUGUGGCCGAUCGCCACCUACAAGGAACUCCUCUUCCUCGACCAGAACCAGGAUGCUAACGGCGCCACUUUGUAA